AUGUUCAUCAAGACUGAGCCCAUUCCCAUGACGGGCAGUGCCCGCAAUUCGCUCAUAGCCGUCUCGGUGUUAUGGGUCGUGUUCGCUACCACGGUUGGCUUUCGGUUUCUGGGUCGGAUUUGUGGAAUAGGUCCUGGUCUUGAUGACGUUUUAUCAGCUGUAGCCUUGAUCUUGGCUGGCAGCACAAUAGGUAUGAACGCUGUGUUGUUCACAAUAGGUAUGUCCGGCAGUACUACACGAACGAACGCUGCAGUAGUGAUAAGGCUUAAGGUGUCGGAUGGAAUUUUGACCCUACAUCUCCAGUAUUUUCAAAGUAUAACCUUUGCAUUCAUGCUGAUCUACAUCUGGUGUCCUGCAGCCCUCAAGAUAGGCCAGCUCGCCCUCUACUUUGCUGUGUUGGCCUGCUUCGGUUUGGGAGGUGCUUGUGUGAACAUUUCUUUGGCCAGGUUCAUCCAAAUCUACGCCAUCGAUCUCAUCGGUAACUUGACUGGAACCUCGCUCACAACCUUCAUGCUCUGCACCGUCGAGCUCAUGUUGGCAGGUUUGUGCACCAACAUCCCCAUGCUUCAGCCUUUCUACAUACGUUUGAGAGUCAAGUACAAGUCCUCGUCGAUGAGCAACUCCGGCGGACAGGGUUCGCACAAAGCGUCAGGAUCAAGGCAGUUGGGAGCUGUGCAAGUCAGGCCAGCGAACUACAUGGCAUGGAUCGAGUGGUGA